UGUGGCCAUGCAUUUGUGUUUAUGGUGUUGCUGGGGCAGCUGAUAAACGGUUAUGUUACAAUAAAGGGGAUUAACGGGCCUUUCACGGUCCGUGAUACUACAAAUAAAGACGGCAACAUGUGUUUCGUCUCAUUAAGGGCAGUACUUUUUGUCGGCUUCAUGUCGUUCGCGCUUUGGACUCUCGGUGCUUGUGCGGAGAGAGAUGCUGGCAUUGUCUUCGUCGUGCUGAGCCAAGACAGUGCAAUGAGCAGCAAAGCGGCAGAGCGGCUGUCGUCGAGCAUAGCGGAACAAGCAACGGCGCUGAAAAUGGUGCCGCCUGCCGUGUACCUGCUGCACAAGCAAUGGCCCGACGUCGCGGGAGCGUGGACCGUGUUUCCCCUGAUCAAACGGCUGGAACGGCUUCACAAGCAAGACCCUCACUGGUUUUUCUUUUGCGACGACACCACGGGCGUCGACCUCUCGCUGCUUCACAAAGCUCUGCAAACACGCAAUUCUACUCAGGAGGCCCGGUUCGUGGGCCACGCUCUGUGGGACGAAGAGACGACCAUCGUGCACCACUUCGAUGACCCGCGGUCGCUGGCCUACCCGGACCUGUCGGCUGGCAUGGUACUCAACAGGAAGGCUCUGCAGAGGGUGGCCGAAGCACUGGACGUCGCCUCUCCGGACGACUUCUCAAUCGAUCGCCAGUACGAGAUUGCCAAAUUCCUGAGGGACCACUGCGGAGGCCUGCUACUGGAACAUGCCGAGUCCUUCUGUCUUGGGGAACGUAGCGAGGGCUGUGCAACCUGGACCUCUGUACAGGCGCCAUCUUGUGCCGAGCUUGUGCCCAAGGAAUCCCUGACAGUUGCAGUCAAGACGUGCAGUCAAUUUCACAAAGACCGAGUGCCGGUGAUCAAGAAGACGUGGGCCGGAGACGCCCACCGGGUGCUCUUCUUCAGCGACGUGGAGGACGACCGCGUGCCGACCGUCACGGUAGGCGUGGCCAACGUGGAGCGCGGUCACUGCGCUAAGACGCUGGCCAUUCUGAGGCACGUCGUGUCGCACGGUCUGCUCGCACGGUGGCUGCUAGUCGCAGACGACGACACCCUCAUCAGCAUACCGCGCCUCCUGGACCUGUUGAGCUGUUUCGACUCGGAAGACGACGUGGCGCUUGGCGAGCGCUACGGAUUCGGUGCGGCUACUGAGCGCGGCUACGACUACCUCACCGGAGGCUCGGGGAUGGUGUUCAGCCGCAAGACCGUGGAGCGGAUCAUCAACUCGCCAUGCUCGUGCUCGAAGGCCGACUCACCCGACGACAUGACCCUGGGAGUGUGCCUCAAACAGCUGGACGUGUCACUCACGCAUUCGCCGCUUUUCCAUCAGGGAAGGCCCGAUGACUACAGCCGUCAGCUGCUGUCACACCAGCGACCCAUUUCGUUCCACAAGUUCUGGAUGAUGGAUCCAGUAGCUGCCUACCGGAAGUGGCUUGAGGACAGUCCGGACAACGCUACCCGGCACGAAGAACUUUGACUCGUCAAUACUCCAUCUAGCAACAGAUCUUCUGUUCCGAGAUAGCAGCGCACGAAAGCUCAGCGUCGACCAACGUUUCAACUGGUGCUAGUUGGUACGACCACGGCAGCCUGGAUCGGGGCGGCGGUGAUCCAGGCGGCCUUGGUACAUUCUUAUCAAUCUUAUGUAUUUGCGCUUAGCGAUCAGCGUUGACAAAUAGUGGGUCGGGUCUGCCUAACUAGCAAUCGCGUAUCUGCAAAGGUCACUGCAGCUGUACCUUACGCAACGUAAAAGCACAACGCCUCGUGACGUUUCACGUAUUUGCGAACAAACCAAGCCAGCUGAUAAAUCAAAUUUCGUGCGUGAGUGUGCUGCCUUCUACGUGCAUUGUAGUAAAGGUGACGAAGUGUGCGGCGUAUUUCAGCCUGUGCCUUGAAUUAAAUAAAACUUUUUUUGUUGUUUCUUUCCUGA